AUGACCACCGUACAAAAGAUCAAGGAAAUCGAAGAUGAGAUGGCUAAAACCCAAAAAAAUAAGGCCACGAGCUACCAUCUUGGCCAGCUCAAAGCCAAACUUGCAAAAUUAAGACGCGAGCUCAUUAAUCCAACAGGCGGAAGUGGUGGGGGUGGGGGUGGUCUGGGCUUCGAUGUUGCAAGGACGGGGAUAGCCUCUGUUGGAUUUGUUGGCUUUCCUUCCGUGGGCAAAUCAACACUCAUGUCAAAACUCACUGGCACGCAUUCCGAAGUAUCCGAAAUCGACUUUACAACUUUAACUACCGUUCCGGGCACCUUGAAGGUUCACGGCGCUCCAAUUCAAAUAUUGGAUCUCCCUGGUAUCAUUGAGGGUGCAAACGAUGGCAGGGGAAGAGGUCGUCAAGUCAUCGCUGUUGCUCGCACAUGCAACCUUAUUUUUAUCGUCCUUGACGUGCUUAAACCUCUGGGCGAUAAGAAGAUCAUCGAGACGGAGCUGGAAGGGUUUGGUAUUAGGCUUAACAAACGACCGCCAGCAAUCCUCGUCCGAAGAAAGGAGAAGGGCGGAAUUGCUAUAACGAAUACAGUCCCGUUAACCAAUAUUGAUCAGGACGAGAUCAAAGCUAUUUUGAGCGAGUAUAAAAUCAAUAACGCCGACAUCGCCAUUCGAGAGCCAGGGGCAACUGCGGAUGAUUUAGUAGAUGUAAUUGAAGGGAACAGAGUCUAUAUUCCAGCAGUAUAUAUCGACGCCAUCUCUAUAGAGGAAUUGGACCUUUUAUACAAAAUCCCAAUGUCGGUUCCAAUAUCGUCACGCGAAUGGCUAAAUAUCGACGAACUGAUUGAGAAGAUGUGGGAGACCCUCAACCUUGUCCGCGUUUACACCAAACCACGGGGAUUAGCUCCCGACUACAGUUCCCCCGUCGUUCUUCGUCGCGGCCGCUGUACCGUGGAAGAUUUUUGUGCCUCUAUCCACAAGGAGAUCGCGAAGCAAAUGAAAUAUGCUGUGGUAUGGGGUGCCAGUGCGAAACAUUCGCGCGGCCAAAAGGUGGGCUUGGAUCACAUACUGGAGGAUGAAGACGGUAUGAGUCGUCGUGUCCCCGUUUCAUCAUCUGUCUAA